UUAAUAUGUUAAUAAAUUCAUAGCAAUGGCGGCGAAAUGAUGGACGAGCGAAUUUUAAAAUUUAUUUCGUGUUUAAAGAUGUUUUUGAAAUAAUCACUGCUUAGUUUUGAAAACCAUGGGAGAAUUUGAGGUUCACUAUCGUGUUUCAGAGCUUCUAAAGUUACUUGGAGUUUCUGGGGGUGAUGGUCCGGAGGUGUACACUGAUGUCCUCACCAAGAAUAUGACACCUUAUGUUACCACCCAGGUUUCUGCUCACACAGCCAAGAAAAAGAUUACAGAGACAAGUCCAUAUCCCAGAGAAUUUAUACAAAAAUAUGACUUCAUCAAGUCAAAGAAUAUUCGUGAGCUGGAUCCGUUGGUCUUUUUACUCUCAAGAAUUUCUGAAGAUCCCAGUAUGGUAGAAUACCUGGAGCGAAAUGCCAAUGAACGUGGUCACAAGAGAUUUCAAACGAGCAAGCCAUCGUCAUCCAACAUGGACGAAACAUUACAGAAUCUCGAGAAGUAUUCUGGACAAAUGACUGCCAAGGAACUUGAUGAGUUCCGUACGCAAUUGGCGUCCAUCACUGGACCAUCCGCAUCUCCAGCUGCUGAAGCUACAUUGAGAAAUCUUCGGGAAAAACAAGCGAGGAAAGCCAUGGCUGGCCUUCCCAAUCUGCCUGAUUGGCUGUCGAGUCGACCAUAUCUCACGGGAGAUUUUGUAAAAUCCUUUGAAGUCCCUUCUCCUGCCGUACCUGUCCGUGUUCUUCCUCUGAAAAUGCAAGAAAUUGCCGUUAUUGAAGAUCUGCUAUUUCUCAUGACUGGUGUCGAAGGAAAAUAUAUUCACCUAAAGAGCCAAUCCAUCGAAGGAUUGGAGCCACCAGAGUUUAGCAUUGAUCCUACUUUAGAUACAUCCCUUCAAGAUUUAGUGCAACAAAUUCUACCUCUUUGCUCUCAUUACUCUCUGCUAUGUCGUUUUAUUGAAGAUAAAUCUGGGUUUUUGUCUGGACUUGUGAACCACGCUGUCAGUGCAGCCAUGAGAGUGAUAAUGAAGGAAUAUUUCAUCUUCGUCUCUCAACUGGAACACGAAUUUCAUCAGGGUCAACUGUCUUUACAGAAUCUCUGGUUUAAUAUUCAGCCAUGUUUGCGUCGCAUGGAAGUUCUCUCGUCCAUAGCGGAAGCUAUAGAAAAUGCGCAGUGUAAGGGUGGGUCAGUGUUGACGUUGUUACAUGAAAGAACCACAAACAUGACUGGAGACUCGACCUCACAAGAUCUAUGUCUCUACCUUACACAAGCGGCUUGUGUACCAUAUUUUGACAUGUUAGAACAGUGGAUGUACAAGGGAAUUGUCACGGAUCCAUAUCUCGAGUUUUUCGUGGCAGAGCAAGAAGCAUUUCAAAAAGAAAAAUUGACCGAAGAGUAUAAUGACGCUUAUUGGCGUCAACGUUACACGAUUGUUCAACAUAAAAUACCCGUAUUCUUGGAAACGGUCGCUCAGAAGAUUCUCAGUACGGGAAAAUAUCUUAACGUUAUACGUCAAUGCGGACGAGAUGUCCAGUGUCCAGAUGCUGAAGAAAUCAUUUACACUCUUCGAGAAAGAGAGUAUGUUGACAAAAUAGAGAAAGCAUACGACUACGCCAGUAAAACUUUACUGGACUUAUUAAUGGAAGAAAAAGAUCUUAUGGGUCGACUCAGAUCUAUUCGGUUAUAUUUUUUGAUGGGUCAAGGGGAUUUCUUUGUUCAAUUUAUGGAUCUUGCCGAAGAUGAAAUGAAGAAAAACAUGGAUGAUAUAUUUCCCAGUCGUUUGGAGACCUUACUUGAACUUUCUCUGAGGACAACCGCUGCCAAUGCUGACCCAUAUAAAGAUGACCUCAGAGUUGAACUCCUUCCCUAUGAUUUAAUCACGCAGUUGUUUCGCAUCCUGUCUGUUGCCAAUGACAGAGCUCUUCAAGCCUCCCUUUCCCAAGAUCCCACAGAAAUUCAAAUAUCAGGUUUAGAGGCAUUUUCCUUUGAUUAUGUUGUCAAAUGGCCGGUGUCUUUGAUCCUUAGUCGAAAGGCAUUGACCAAGUAUCAACUUCUGUUUCGUCAUUUGUUCUAUGCUAAGCAUGUUGAGAGGCAACUUUGUAGAGUUUGGUUGAACGACAAAUCGACGAAGCAUUACAGAUUUCGAGCGUCCCGUUGGUAUGUGGAGUGCUCUGCAUUGAGGACAAAGAUGCUUCAAUUCGUACAAAACUACGAGUAUUACAUGAUGUCCGAGGUUAUCGAACCCUACUGGCAUAUAUUGGAGGAGAAUUUGAAAAACGUGAACAACGUCGAUGAUGUCUUGACGUAUCAUAAUGAUUUUCUCGAUAAAUGUCUCAAAGAUUGCAUGUUGACUGCUCCUGAGUUGCUUAAGACCAUUAGUAAGCUUAUGAUGAUCUGCGUGACAUUCACCAACUGCGUUCAGAGAAUCACUCAGUCUGUGAUAACCAGCGACAAUCCGAGCGUCGAGAAGAUUGGAAAAAUUGAAAGACAGGAUUUGCUGUAUGACAGGCAGAAGAAGAAAGCGGCCAGCAAGAUUUUGUCGAAGGACCUGGACGAGGUGAUAAGCAGCGACGAUUACGAGAGGACGGUGACGAAUUUCGACAAAAACUUCUCCAAAUAUCUUCUCGGCUUGCUCGACAAGUUGAGCAACUUUUCGAAGACAGAUUUCCAGCAUCAAAUGUUGAAUAUCGUCACACGGCUCGACCAUAACGGUUUUUACGGAAGGCAGUUGGAGAAGAUGGCUGCCGCGAACGCAGAAACCGCUAGUCUUGCAAGCUCCGAUUCCAAUUCAAGCGUUGGCCAGUCUCCUAGCUGGACAUUGAAUGACAUCAGCUUGAACUUCAAUUACGAAAAACCCAGUCUGUUACCGCAGGGCAGACUAUUCGCCGAAGCCGGUAGAAGUAAAUUGACUCUACCUCCAUCACCGUCGGCAGGAAAGAAAGGAAGUAGCGGUGGAGAUGACGAACACUACAGUCUAUUCUAGAAGAAAUUGCUUCAUCGCGUUAUUCUUCUGAAUUUUCACUUUUGAAUGCUAAUCCUUUCACGAUUCCACAGGCAUUGUCUAUACACGACUGCAUUUGACAAAACUUAGUGACAUUCUCAAGCGGCAAACUUGAGGGCAGGGGGGGAGGAGAGGGGAUGGGAGAUUGUAGCGUAUAGAAAUGGGAUGAUAUUUUCUAUCAUCGAUGUAUGUACCUCCGUAUUUCCGAUUAUUUCAUUCCGUCAGGUGUUAAUUAA